AGGUGGAGCAGAGUGACACAUAGCAGGACCUGACAGUUGGAGUCUCUCUGUGGACAAGGGCGGCUGGGAGCUCAGUGACUGCCAGCAGCCUCAGCGGGGGAGUCUGGGCCUUCGCAACUUCCCCUUGUCCUCCAUCUCAGUCUGACUCGUCGAGGGGGAGCAGCUUUGGACGUUGGCACAGCCACUGACAGAGACAGACCUUCACACACAACACACAUAUUACUCACUGGAGCUAUGGGGACAGUGAGUGAACUUUGCGUGUCAAGCCUUCAAACAUUCUUGUGUCCAGCUGUGAAGCCGCCCCAGCAAGGUCCAGUGCCGGACGACCUCACCCCAGAGGAGCAGCAGGAGCUGGAGAAUAUCCGCCGGCGCAAGCAGGAGCUGCUGGAGGACAUUCAGCGGCUGAAGGAUGAGAUAGCAGAAGUGACAAGUGAGAUCGAGAACCUGGGUUCCACUGAGGAGAGGAAAAAUAUGCAGAGGAAUAAACAGGUGGCUAUGGGCCGUAAGAAAUUCAACAUGGACCCCAAAAAGGGGAUCCAGUUCCUGAUUGAGAAUGACUUGCUGAAGAAUACCAGCGACGACAUUGCUCAGUUCCUCUACAAGGGCGAGGGCCUCAACAAAACAGCCAUUGGCGAUUACCUCGGAGAGAGAGAUGAGUUCAAUAUCCAAGUCCUCCAUGCCUUUGUGGAGCUUCAUGAGUUCACAGACCUCAACCUGGUUCAGGCCCUAAGACAGUUCCUGUGGAGUUUUCGACUGCCGGGAGAAGCUCAGAAGAUUGACCGCAUGAUGGAGGCCUUCGCUCAGCGUUACUGCCAAUGCAACUCUGGUGUUUUCCAGUCCACAGACACCUGUUACAUCUUGUCAUUUGCCAUCAUCAUGCUAAACACCAGCCUCCACAACCCCAAUGUGAAGGACAAGCCUUCUGUGGAACGAUUCAUCUCCAUGAACAGAGGCAUCAACGAUGGAGGAGACCUGCCUGAAGACCUGCUCAGGAACCUGUAUGAGAGCAUCAAGAACGAGCCUUUCAAAAUCCCAGAGGAUGAUGGCAACGACCUCACACACACUUUCUUCAACCCUGAUAGAGAAGGCUGGCUGCUAAAACUGGGGGGACGAGUAAAAACCUGGAAGAGGAGGUGGUUCAUCCUCACUGACAACUGCCUGUACUACUUUGAGUACACCACAGACAAAGAGCCCAGAGGAAUCAUCCCCCUGGAGAACCUGAGCAUCAAGGAGGUGGAGGAUAAGAAGCCAAACUGCUUUGAGCUUUUCAUUCCUGACAACAAGGACCAAGUAAUAAAAGCUUGCAAAACCGAGGCUGAUGGACGUGUUGUGGAGGGCAACCACACCUUCUACCGUAUCUCUGCCCCCACCGCUGAGGAGAAAGAGGAAUGGAUGAACAGCAUCAAGGCUGCCAUCAGCAGGGAUCCCUUUUACGAGAUGCUGGCAGCCAGGAAAAAGAAGGUGUCGUCCAUGAAGAGACACUAGAGCUGCUCAGCACUCUUGACAUUGCACUUGACAGAGCAGGGGGGCUGGGUAACUGUUUGCCCUCUCUGGGCCCGUGCAGAGGCCACGGUUAAGGUCUGUCUCAGACCCUUUCAAGGGGAUUUCUCUAGGAUACAUACUAGCUCUGGCUUUGGGACUCUAUGGGCCAGAAAAACAGGAAGCAUGCUGGGGUGUCUAGAUAAGAGUCAGGGCCAAAGCCUCCUGUCUGAAUGUCUCUCUUUCUCUCUCAGCUUUGUGUGUGCUCUCUGUCUCGGAAGCCGAAAAGGGAUUCUUGCUGCAGCAAAUUCCCCUUCGAAGAUGCUUUAUAAAAAAAAAAAAACAUAACAAAAAAAACAAUUUCCAUAUACAUUGCAUACAUACAUAACAUGCAUACACUCAUGCAGUCCCCUGUAGCACACAUCAUUUUAACUCAGCAGGUCUGACCGAGUGUGGUGCCCCAACCAAAAUAUUCCUCGCUUUAUGAAAGAAAAGUUAAGACCUUUUCUGAUGUGCUUUAGUAUGUUUGGGUAAUUUGUGUCUAUUUUUACAGCUUUUACAGUCAAUUCCUUUUGAGUCUUUUUUUUGUUUGUUUGCUUUUGUAAACUAAAAUGGUCUUGCAACAGAAACUGCAGGGGGAGGGAGGGGGUAUAAAUUGCCAACUGUUAGUGAUUUUAUAGAAAAAAAAAAACAAAAACUUGUUUUUAAAAAAAAAAAAAAAAAAAAAAAAAAAAAAAAUAGUUGCCACUCAGGAGAUUGUUAUGAUGUUCUGAAACUUUUUAUGUCAGCGCUGAUGUGGACCCUGUUCACAACACAACAGCCAUGCGAGGAAUGAAAACCUCGUCUGUGUCCCAGACUGAACUGUUUUUGUAAAUGUGAAGCUGCAGCAUGGGGACGUACCGCUGCAGGUGAGGGUGUCUGCUUGUCUGGACAGGGUCUCAGUGUUGGAUCUGGCUCCCACUGUUCAUUUCCUGAAGGUCCUGGAGAUGCAUCCUGGGGAUUAGUGUCUUUUAAAGGGACAAGUGUCCAUCACCCUGGGCCUCAUUUUAUGGUCUUAGGUUGUCUGGAAAACGUAUAUGUUGGACCUUUUCCAUUUUCUCUCCCCAUACAUUUUGUUCUUGCUCUCCCCUUGUCUCAAACACAACACCACUUUCUAUUACUGUGUGAUGGGAAAAAAAAGCAAUUCAUUUGUUAGAGAAGUUACUUUAAUGCUGCACAGUGCCUGGCGCUCUAGAUGAAACGUGAUGAGAAAUGCUGCUGGUUAGCGACAGUAACUCAGUUUUUUUCCCACUUGAACAACAUUUAAUCUUUUUUCCUGCCUUCAAUAUGCUUUUUCUUUGUGGAGGGUUACCUAUUAAAUGGUAAAACAAAUCUCAUGACAUUUUAGCCUUCGCCCAACCUCCUGAUCAUUGUACAAUAUAGUGUGCUUCAGGUUGUUUAUGUAGAAGACAUUACAUAUGACAUAUUAUUGAAAAGGCUUUAAAGCAGCACAAAUAAAUGUGUGGUGAAGCUAUGCCUGGAAAGGAAUGGGUUGUCCCCGUCUCAGGAAGCGCGAUGUGAAACGAUACAAAACUACUGCUACUGUGUAUCAGGAAUGUACUGUGGUGAACCAAAAGAUGGAGUGCAGGGUGGCUGAUCGGUCACGUUAAGGCAGUGACGGUCAUCUUGUCAAAUAACAAAAACUGCGCUGAGAGGUACAAUUUUGCGAAUGCAGUAUGAGUUGUGCAUCAAGCGUAUAUCUUUUCUACUCUUGUCUACAGUCGUCUAUCUCUCUCUCUCUCUCUCUCUCUUUCAUCUGUGCCUGCUGGUCAUUAUCCUCGCUCCCUGCCCGUUUCUUUUUCCUGGUCCUAUUCUUCUCUGCUCCUCUCAGCGCACUAAUCCUAGAGAAAUAAGGAAAAAUGCUAAACAAUCAUAAUUCUAGACAGUAUUGGUUUAUUUAUCAAGUUGUACAUACUUAAAUGUAUAGUGGGUAUUUUGUCUUAAUUUUGUUUAUUAGUUGUGCCAUUUUCUUUUAUUAUUCAGUAUAGUAAUGUUUGAUUUGAGGUUUCUAUCAUUGCCAUUUAAUCAAGCUGAAAUAAAGAUUUGUCACAAACACUGGCUGUAAAUGGCUUUUACACCACUGCAAGUCAAUAAACUCAUGCUAUAUAUUCCUCCACCA